AUGGCCUGGCAGAGGAUUGUACCUGUGUGUCUGCUUCUCGUCUUCGCUUCUCAGCGUCUUUCGGCGCUCAGUGACACAAACCCAUCGCCCAACUUUUCUUGUGGUCAAGUACGGGAGUUAUUCGAAGGAAAGAUUGGAUCACCGGCAUCGCUGCUGUCUAACCCAGAGCACGAACCCGAGUCGUCUAUAUGCCGGCGACAGUCAAGCGAGUUGCACCUGUCGUGCUGCACGGCUCACACGGAACAAAAGUUCGGGGAGGCGGCAGAGAAGAAACUGAAGGAAAACUUGAGGUCACGCAACCACGCGCUGAAGAAGCACAUCACCAACACCCUGGCCAAGUAUCAAGAUCCCGGCGCCGGCCACCAGGAGGCGGUCACCAGCUUCUACAGUGCCAUCCAGAGGGCGCUGCAAAGCGGCGACACCGACGGGCUGGAGGAGAUAGUGAAGGAGUUCUUCAGGAGACUCUUCCCGCCAGUCUUUGACUACGUGCUGAGCAACCAGGGUCAAGAUGAACCAAGGUCCAGCACCCACGAGUAUCACGAGUGCCUGCAGCAGUACGAGAAGCAGAUCCGACCGUUCCGUGAUGUGCCGGACAACUUGUAUCGCCAGCUGUGGAAGUCCUUCCGCCACGCUCUGCUCUUCCAGGAGACGCUCAAGACAUUCACCAACACCAUAGCCAGCACCGAGAGUGUUUCCAUGGAGACCGAAUGUCGCUGGGCCUUGGUGCGACUGCAGGUGUGCGCCGGGUGUCGAGGGCAGAGCCUAAAGGGGGCAGAGGUCAGGCCUUGUCGCGGCAUGUGUCUCAACGUGAUGAGAGGUUGCCUGGCCAAAGUGUCGGAGAUCAGCUCCUCCUGGGACGACCUGGUGGUGGCCUUCGAAAACCUUCAGCUUGGAGCCAUGGGUCACUACGAGUUGCAGCGGCUUCUGAUGUACAUGGACAUGAACGUCACCGACGCCAUUAUGCUGGCCAUGGACGACAGUCCCCGGAUUUAUGACGAGGAGUCAGUGGAGUAUGAACAGGACAUGCAGAGCUCGCGAUGCUGGAAUGGAACUGCUGUGGCCAGGUACACACAGGAAGUUCCGGAGGCCAACUUCCUGAGCCAACAGCGGCAUAACUCCGAGGUCAAGGUUUCCCUCAUGCCAGACUACAGCCUGCUGCAGGUGAAGGACACACUGACCCACAUGAGACGGCAGUCUUCUUGUGGCAUCAACCCCCGCACUGUGAUGAAAGAUGGCCAGCCAAGAGCCCCUGAACAGGAUGUUCACAGCCAUUCUAAUCACUAUUGUCACUUGAACAAAGGAUCAGUGAGGACAAGUUAG